AUGCCAACCAACUCGGCCAUCUUGCUGAUGCGCGCGUUCUGGUUUCCUUUGCAGAACCAGAAGCCAGGUGAUGAAGAGGCACCCGGAGAUGUGCUUCCUGAGGUCGGGGGUGGCGGAGGCGGAGGUGGAGGCGGAGGCGGAGGUGGAGACGGAGGUGGUGGUAGUCCUCCGUUGCCUGUACCGAUUGUGCUCGCUUCUUCGACGUCAACUUCACGAUCGACACGUCGUGCUCAGCCGCAGCCCGCUGGUCCUCAGGUUCCACCAGCCGAUCCUGAUGCACCGCCACCUGUUCCUAGUGCUCCACCGUCACGUAGGCCUCGACCUGUUCCGCCAAUGCCUCCUACAGCGGGCCCAACAAUGCCGCCUAUCCAGCGGCGCAAGGAGCUGUUCUGCACGGUGGGCAGCACUGCGGCCGAAUACAAGAUGUACCCGAUGGACGGGCUUUGCCAUUACCUCUUCUACACCCACGUGUUCAUCCACUCAAACUUCAGCGAAAUCCGGUCGACGCGCAUCGUCACCAGCUUCAACGUGUUCCAGGAACGCAUGCUAAAGUACAGGAAGACUCAAGGGGGGCUCUCCUUCGACGUGAGAGCGUCGAACCGUACGCUUGAGAACAGGGCGACCGGUUCGCUGACGUUGCUGAAGCAGAAGAACAUCGUGCACUACGGCUCUCUCAACGUCAUCGACAGGAUCGGCACCCUUGCAGACCUCGUGGCGCGAGCUUUAGCUCUCAUAAAGGACCUCAAGAAUUUCCAAGCGGGCGACCCCACGAAGAGAACCGUGAUCGCCAUUGGCGGGAUCGGUUAUGGCAGCCCGGCCGCGUGGAGCCAGUACAAGGAGACAAUCAAGCAAGCCGCGGCUGUGGGCUCCGGAGUCGACACCGUGAUCGCCAUUUCCUCGGUCAGCAGCUGGCUCGAGCUCACGCCCAAGUGCAAGACCCUGCCCCCGGCCAUCAUCACGGCCUCCAACAAGGACUACCCGUCUCUGGUGAUCUGA